GAUUCGCGUGCCGCAUCGCGUUGCCAAGAAGGAGGAGCGAUUCUUGCCCGGCGCAAUGGCGCGGUUCUUCAAACCUGGCCUCAUCAAAAACCAAGCUGGCUCGUGGAAGAGAUAUUGGAGCGCACCAGUGCGCAUGAGCAAGAUCUACAAGAAUGCCGACCUCUCGGCCUUCCUUUACCUUUGCUUAAACAAGAGCAGUAUGGAAGAGAACUGGUACCUGACCAAGAGAGAUGACAUGAUCACCUGGGCGGGCAAGACCUUCAGACAUUUGAGGAACCAAAGCGAAGAGAACAUCACCGACAGACUGUCGGACUGGGCUUUGUGGAGGGAUCCGCAGUGAGCAACCAAACUUGGGAUUUGACUUUAAGAAACUAUUGGAGCAAGAAAGUUGGGAAUGAAACUUACAACACUUUGCAACUAGACUUGGAGAUUGUGAGCAACAAGACUUGGUGGUAAGAUACCCUUCUCAAAUCCAAUCAGGCAAUGGAAAGCCCCAAAGCUGAAUAGUUCAAGCAUCUGCCAAUGGGAACAUUUCCAUGGCAAAGUCAAAUAUUGCAAGUGGGAACAUGGCCGAUCUAUGACACUUGACUCCUGCGUCAGAACGAACAGUUUCUGCAGAAAGUCUUCUUUCGCAUGGAGUGUACGGGGACAAAGGUUGGAAGAGACAACAAGGUGACGUACAAGG